ACUUCCCCAAUCACACACAGCAGUGACCGCUGAGAAACCACACACACUCGCUCACUUGCUGCUCCUAUCACACACACACACACACACACUCCAUGGGGGAGAAGGAGGUGAUCAGUGUUUGGGUUCGGGACCCUCGGAUCUGUAAAGAGGACUUCUGGCACGCUUACAUGGAUUAUGAGAUCUGUAUACACACCAACAGCUUGGCGUUUAACAGGAAGAGCUCGUGUGUGAGGAGGAGAUUUAGCGAGUUUGUUUGGCUCAGACAGAAACUCCAGGAGAACACGUUACUGCUUGUAAAUCUUCCUGAGUUACCUCCAAAGAACCCCUUUUUCAGUCUGAAUAACGGACAGCAGAUCAACACACGCAUGAAGGGCCUUCAGCAGUUCCUACAGACUGUGGUGAUGAAUCCCGUGCUGCUGUCGGACAGCUGCCUGCACCUCUUCCUCCAAUCACAGCUCAGCGUGCCGCACAUGGAGGCGUGUGCGGAGGGAAGGGGCGGAGUCACCGUGACGAUGGCUGUGCGUAGCUCCGCCCUCUCCAGCCGGCGCUUUGGGCCCGAGAGAGAGGAGGACCUGAGAGAAGACCACCAAGAGCAAGAGGAGGACCUGAGAGAGGACCACCAAGAGCACAGAGAGGACCUGAAAGAAGACCACCUGGUGAUAGGACGAGCUGGGAGAGAAGCAGCUGAAGUGUGUGUAUCAGAUGUGCCCUGACCAAGAACACACACUCUCUCCCUCCCUCCCUCUUUCUCUCCCUCCCUCUUUCUCUC